CCCAUCUCCUCCCACCCCAACCUCCGACCUCUUCCUCCACACCUCCCCUCUUCCACCACCCCACCACCCUCCACAACUCUCCGGCACCUCUUCUUCUCCGUCGCAUCCUCCGCCUCCUCCUUCUCUCGCCGCCUCCCCUUCCUCUCCCUCUGGUACUCCCCCAACACCACCCGCGCCCUCCUAUUUCUCGACAAACCUCCUCUCUCUCCUCCCCCUCUCCCCUUCUUCGUCUCCUCCGACACCUCCCGGUUCCCCUACUCCUUCCCCCGCGGUCAUCGCUCUGCUAUUCGUGUCGCUCGAAUUGUUAACGAAGUCUUUGAUCGCGGCGAAACUGAUGUCAGGUGGUUUGUGUUUGGGGAUGAUGACACUGUAUUUGUUCCUGAGAAUUUGGUGGGUGUUCUGUCGAAGUAUGAUCAUGAGAAGUGGUAUUAUAUUGGGUGUAAUUCCGAGAGUUCGGAGCAGAAUUUGAGGAUGACUUUUGGGAUGGCUUAUGGCGGGGGUGGGUUUGCUAUUAGCUCUCCUUUAGCUAGGGCUUUGAGUAGGGUUUUGGAUUCUUGUUUGAUGCGUUACCCCCAUUUGUAUGGAAGUGAUCAUCGGAUUUCCUCUUGUAUUUUCGAGCUUGGUAUCGAGUUAACUCGAGAACCCGGGUUUCAUCAGCUUGAUGUCAGAGGAGACUUGUUUGGUUUGCUUACUGCUCAUCCUUUGUCACCUUUAAUAUCUCUUCAUCAUUUGGAGAUUGUGGAGCCUAUUUUUCCUCGCAAGAAUCGGACAGAGGCAGUACAGCACCUUUUUAAGGCUGUGCGUGCUGAUCCUGGUAGGAUAUUGCAGCAAACAGUUUGCUAUGAUCACUCAAGUAAUUUGACUGUUUCAGUUGCUUGGGGCUAUGCUGUUCAAGUAUUUGAAGGCCAUCUACUUCUCCCGGAUAUUCUUGCUGCACAGAGGUCUUUUACGCCUUGGAGAAGGCGUGGCAUCAAUAUACCAAGCCAAUAUGUGUUUGACACGAGGGACUAUCCUCAGGAUCCAUGUAAAAGACCUGUGGUCUUCUUUUUGGAAGAUGUUGCUUCCGGGACAGGAAGAAUCUGGAGCAAAUAUAGGCGGAAUAAUUCUCAUAGCUGCUCUAGACCUGAUGCUAUUGAGAACCUAAAAGAUGUAAAAGUGUUUUCCAAAAAGCUACAGCACAAUGCUGGACUGGCGAUGGUACUGCGUCGUGAUUGCUGUGACAUAAUACACCCGGUUAAGAAAUCAAUGGUCAUUGACAUCAGGCAUUGUGGCAUUAAUGAGUUGAUUGCCAUGAAUCCUUAGCACCAAGAGCUCUGAUGUCUAGAUUGUUCCUUGUUUGAAGUUCUGGUGGUGAAAAUCAUGUAUAGCUGCUUUAUGAAACACUGUUUGAUUGCAUCAUCAAGCGAGGUGUAAAGGAGAAGGAAAGUAUGCUUUUUUUAGUGAGAGAGGGGGUUAACCGUAAAAGCUUAUAAUGGAUGAUUUACUAGACAGAUAGAUAUGAUGAGAUGAAAGAUGGAUAACCCUUGGAUAAGGUUAAAAUUUUAACAGGGGUAGUCGGCCAGUUUCUUCUCAAGGAUUGCAGGAUACAAAUGAGGAAUAUUCACGCUAAUGUCCAUUAUAUGCCUGAGCUUUUUUAUAAGAUCAUUUAAAUAUCAGAGAAUAAUAUUCCGUAUUAGACCUGAAUCUCCACCUGUCCAUUUUUGAGGUUUGCACCUUUUGUCCUGCUCAUCUCGGAUUCCAACCAUUGGCCCAAAUGGAGGUGGUGUUGGUGCCAAAUGUUGGCUCCGUUUACAUAAUAAGUGAUUCUGCCACCUGCUGUUAUGGUGUAUAAUAGGAGCUGAAGCCUUCAUAACCUAUUUUAGAAGUCUGCAACACGGCACUGAUAUAGGAAUUUCAGAUUUUAAUUUUUUUAAUUUUUUUCAUGUACUCACUUAGUCACUUGUAUGUCUUUUGUUGAAGGUAAUUACUAGUAGAGUAGUAGGAGAUGGGUUCAUGCCAUUAGACUGAAAGUGUCUCCUUAUUUAUAAACGAAAUUCAACAUGUAUAUUUGAUGCGGUUCCAAGGCAUCAAUAUUGUUAUUAUAAUUAUUUUUAUUGUUAUUUUUAGUUUAUUAUUAGAUGACCGAAUUUAUUAGGAUAUUUUUGUUAGUUUAAUUCGGUUAGUAUAAGAUAAGCUUAACUUUAAAGAUCAUAUUUGCAAAAUAUUAUCUUUACAAGUUAGAGUUAGUUUCCUAGUUAGAUUAGAAUUUGUUUUACCGAUUUUUAGGCUAAUUAUUUAGCUUAUAAAUACGUGAUGGUGUUUAACGAAAAGUACGAUUGAUUGAUUUGAAAUUUAUAAAGUUUUACGUAAGCUUGUGCUUGUGUAUUCUUGGCCUAGUUUAGGUUUUAAGCUCGUGUUGCUUAGCGUUUCUUGACCGAGACUCAAGAUUCCAAACCUUUCAACUGCGAUUGAAGGUUAUAUCCAUCAAAAUUC